AUGGCGACGACAAAGACGGUUUAUCUCGUCAGAUGUCUGGUUUUUGUUCUCCAGCUUGAAAUCAGCUUCAUGAGGCAAAAAUCCGCCUACGGAGUCUACCCUGCCAACAUGCAGGAGCCAUCUCCUCCAGAGCAGAGGUUAUAUAUAAUCUCUGUGAACCGCCAGCCCAGAGAACGGAGGUGGGCAUCUAGGCCCAGGUCUGAGGCCCCUGACAGGACUGCAGAUAAACGAGGCCACUACAGAAACCAACACCAGUCAGAGGAGUCAGAUCCAAAUGUAAUGAUGGAAGAUGAGCCCAGUAAUUCUACACAGAUCGUAGAUAUGGAUCAUGUCUACUACACAUCUAAAAUCUAUGCUCCUGGAGAUGCAGCUGGUAAAGAGCUGUGGGUCAACAUCAGUAAAAUGGAGGCAGAUCAGCAGAAGGUCCGUGGCUUCCUGCCCAGCACUCACCGACAAGCUGAGAGAGUGAAUCUUUCCUUUGACUUUCCUUUUUAUGGCCAUUUACUCAAAGAAAUCACAGUUGCAACUGGAGGUUUUAUUUACACUGGAGACAUAAUCCAUCGGAUGCUCACAGCCACUCAGUACGUCGCUCCUCUGAUGGCGAAUUUCGACCCGAGCCUGUCGAAAAACUCAUCUGUGUUUUACUUUGAUAACGGCACAGCAUUGGUGGUUCAGUGGAACCGCCUUCACCUCCAGGACAACAUCAGCGUGGGAGCUUUCACCUUCCAGGCCGUUCUGCACAGUGACGGGCGGAUUGUUUUUGCCUACAAAGAGGUGGCUUUUCUUCUCUCUUUUAUUCCUAUUAGCAUCAGCGACAUCAGCUCUGAGAAUCAUCCUGUCAAAGUGGGCUUGUCCGAUGCAUUUAUGGUGCUUCAUGAGCUAGAGCAGAUUCCCAAUGUUCGUCGGAGAACCAUCUAUGAGUAUCACAAAGUCGACAUUCCAGUGUCCAAAAUCUCCCGUUUAAUAGCUGUGGAGAUGCUUCCUCUCCCUACGUGUCUGCAGUUCUCCAGCUGUGGCCCAUGUGUCACUUCUCAGAUUGGCUUUAACUGCAGCUGGUGCAGUAAGCUACAAAGAUGUUCCAGUGGUUUUGAUCGUAAACGGCAGGACUGGGUUGACCUAGGCUGUCCAGAGGAGAGGCAGAAUCUGCGAUGUCCCCGGAUGACGGAAGUCACAAAUGCCACAUCACAUCACCUGAGACACCGCACCCCUCCAGUUACUGUGUCUGCAGGGCAGCAGAGGACAUCUGGCAUGACCUCCACCUCCGAGACUCCCACUUUCACCAUUCCCUCAACACACAGCAGCAUCAGCAGAGAAACAAAAUCACAUCCACAGCGUCCCACCAACAAAUCUGCAGAUGAUGGUGCAGAGACUGCUUUUCACAUCAGUGAUGCACGAGAGAGGGAGAACACAGACACCUAUGAGGCAUCGCCGAUGCGUCUGCUGGUGGGAGUCCUCGUAGUGAUGGUCCUGCUGGCAGCAGCCAUCCUUACAUACAUCUACAUGUAUAACCACCCCACGUCCAGCGCCAGCCUCUUCUUCAUGGAGCGACGCCCAACCCACUGGCCAAUCCUAAAGUUCAGGCGAGGCUCAGGUCGUCCUUCCUACGCUGAGGUGGAAGCUCCCGGUCAGGACCGAGACAGCAUCGUGGUCAUCGAUCCCAAAAAGUGUUUUGUGAUUUCCGACAGACGAGAGAGCGAACAGAAAGAAGGAUUCGUCAUUCCUGAUCAGAGGGAGCGCUUCCUAAGUUCAGAGAGCUCCUGACCAAAACUACAAAUCCCACCAUCCUUUGGGAAAGAUCUGGUUCUCGAUGGACGUCUUCUUCCUUUUUCAGAUGCUACAGUUUAUUUGUAUUUAGCUGUUGCACUUCACUUUAAGGACAACAGCUGAGUACACAGAAACACAAAAACACCAAACCUCUAUGAGGAAAGUGUUACGAUUAUGUUUAUGCACCAGUUUUACCUCCUGUUUGUAUCCGUUAGGCCAGCCACAGCACUUUUAUGAAGCAUGAAGGACAAAAUAAUGAGUUUACUCUGCUCAGGUCAUCCGCUCAUUUUUACCACAGCUCCACAGAGAGCGCGAGGUGAUGCUGCUGCAUGGUUUAAACCACCUCUCAAAGACGGCUUUAUUUUCCACAGCUGUCCUUCCCACACCUUCACAAAGAGGAAUGUCAUAUUUG